CCGCGCGUCCCGCCUGUCCCCCCGCCUUGCCGAGCAGCAGCAACCGCGGUGCUCCUGCGGCGGCCAUGGGCGAGCCCCGCGGCGGCCUCUCCUGAGCAGGUGUUUUGCCCAACAGGAAGAAGCAGCAGGGACUUGGAGCUUCCUCCAGUGUCGCUGCCAGAAGCCUUAGCCAAUCAAAUGCACCCUGACAAUAAACUGACCAAUCAUGGAAAGACAGGUAACAGCAGUGCCCAGCCCCAGCACCAUAACGUGAGCCAAAGCCCCACCUGCAACCUGGGCACGAAGGGCGUGGGGGCAGGGAAUCAUGGUGGCAAAGCCAGCCAGCAAACUCCUGGCAACUCUGGACUGAAAACCAGCCAGCCUCCUGUGCCCGUCUUUGGGGCCUUGAAGGGCAAAGUGAAGCGAGAGCGGAGUGUCUCCGUGGACUCCGGAGAGCAGCGGCAGGAAGCCACCACUACCUCACUGGACAAGGAGCUGAAAGGCGAAGUGGCCCCCCGGAGCAAGCGGCGCUGUGUGCUGGAAAGGAAGCAGCCCUACAGUGGGGACGAGUGGUGCUCUGGACCAGACAGCGAGGAGGAAGAGGAGAAGCCUCUCAGCAGCGCCCACAAUUGUAAUGUAGCGGAGUCGGCAAUGACCGCGGCCUCGCAGCUGGGCCCGGGACCCAAUCCGCUGCCAGCCUUGAGUGAGAGCAACGCGUCCGGCACGCCCCAUGGCGCAACCCCUGGCCUUAGGUCAGACACCAGGAACAGUGGCGGGAAGCAGCCGUUGCAGUUUGUUUAUGUCUUCACGACGCACCUCGCUAACACGGCGGCAGAAGCUGUCCUUCAAGGCCGAGCGGACUCCAUUCUGGGCUACCACCAGCAGCAUGUGCCCCGGGCCAAGUUGGAUCAGGUGCCCAUCCCAAAGAUACAAGCCACUCCCGAGCCGCUGCCCAUCAACCCGUCUCCUGCCAGCACCCCACAGUCCCAGCCCGCCGUGCCCCCGAGCAGCCAAGCCCAGGGGCAGCCUCCCGCUUCCGCACCACCACCUCCCCAGCCUCCGGCACCCCCACCGCUGGGUCUUGGCCAAGGACCGCUGCCCACGGCCGGCCCCCUCCCGCAAGAGGGGGCUCCCGAGGAUGCCCGCCGGGACCUGACCCCCAACUCCGUGGGGAACGGCAGCAGCAGCAGCACCGCCCCCAGCGGCACCCAUCCUAACACGCCCACCGCUCCCAGCUCCUUGCCUGCUGGGGCCGCUGAUGGAUUGAUGGGGGAAGGGGCCAACGCCGGGCCCCCCUCAGCGGGGAACGGGCCCCGCAACGCCCUCAACACGGAGGGCCUCUCCAAGGAGCAGCUGGAGCACCGUGAGCGGUCUCUGCAGACCCUGCGGGACAUUGAGCGCCUGCUCUUGCGCAGCAGCGAAGCCGAGCCUUUCCUCAAGGGGAGCCCUGGGGCUGGCGAGGGGGGCGCCAUGCCUCCCCAGGCCCCUCCCCCGCAGGCCCCCCAGGCCCCACCCCCUGGGGCCCCCGGCUUGAAGAAAUACGAGGAGCCCUUGCAGUCCAUGAUCUCGCAGACUCAGAGCCUGGGGGGCCCCAGCCUGGAGCAGGAGGGCCCUGUUCCCUCCGGAGUGGACAUGGGGCAGCAGAUGAACAUGAUGAUGCAGCGGCUGGGCCAGGACAGCCUGACGCCCGAGCAGGUAGCCUGGCGGAAGCUGCAGGAGGAGUACUACGAGGAAAAGCGGCGCAAGGAGGAGCAGGUGGGCAUGCAUGGCGGGCGGCCCCUGCAGGACAUGAUGCUGCCCCAGCCCAUGGGCACCAUGAUGCUGCGGGGGCCUCCGCCGCCCUACCACAGCAAGCCCGGCGAGCAGUGGCUGCUGCGGGGCGUGCCCAUGGACAUGCCCGAGCAGAUGCAGCUGCGGCCGUCCUUCGCGGGACCGCGAUUCCCCGGGAACCAGAUGCAGAGGGGCUUCGGUGGCAUCCCGAACCUGCCCCUCGAGUCGCUGGGCCCCAUGGGCAGCGUGCAGCGCCCCCCGAGGCCUGGCAUGGCCUGGAACGAGGACAUGCCCAUGGCAGGGCCUGGCAACUUCGCCCCCGGGAACCUGCCCUACCUGCCGGGACAAGGCGAGGCAGAGCGCUUUGUGACGCCGCGGGCUCGCGAGGAGAUGUUGCGGCACCACCUGGAGAAGCGGCAGGGGGCGAUGCAGCGGCCUCUGGGCAUGGAGAUGGAGCGCAUGAUGCAGGCGCACCGGCAGGUGGAGCCGGCCAUGUUUGCCGGGGAGGGGCUGGGCAUGGAGUUUGGGGGCUCGCGGGCCAUGAUGAGCCCGCCGCUGCGGGACAUGGAGCCGGCGCUGGGCCCCGGCAACCUCAACAUGAACAUGAACGUCAACAUGAACAUGAACAUGAACUUGAACGUGCAGAUGACGCCUCAGCAGCAGCAGAUGCUGAUGUCGCAGAAGAUGCGCGGCCCCGAGAUGAUGCCCUCCGAGGAAAUGGCUCGGCUGCGUGCCCCCAACGGCACUGCAGCCAUGAUGGGGGGGCCCCCGAAAAUGAUGAUGGGCUCACCGUUCCCCAGUCAGGGGCAGCAGCAGCCGCCGCCGCCGCCGCCACCUCAGCAGCAGCAACAAGGUUUCCCAGGCAUGCAGGGCCCGUACCCUGCUGUGCCACAGGAGAUGAGCAACACCCCAGACAUGUUUGGCCCCGAGCAGGGGGGCAUGGGCAGCACCACGCGGCUCAGCCACAUCCCCCUGCCCCCCACCACCAGCGCCCCGUCCACAAACAUGCACCAGGCGCCCGUCAGGGGCCUGGGCCGCCGCCCUUCCGACCUGGCCCUCAACAUGGGGCAGAUGAACUCUCCCAACGUGGGCCGCCUCAAGUCUCCAACGCUCAGCCAAGUUCAUUCCCCGCUGGGCACCUCCCCUUCCGCCAACCUCAAGUCCCCGCAGACGCCCUCCGCCAUGGUCAACCUGCCAGCCGCCAGUGCCACCAGCGCCCCACUCAAGUCCCCGCAGGUUCUCAGCUCCGUGCUCAACGUCCGAUCCCCGACCAGCUCCCCCGGUCACCUCAAGUCCCCGUCCAUGGCUGUCUCUUCUCCAGGGUGGGCGCCCUCGCCGAAAAACGCCCUUUCCAGCCCUGGCAUUGGGCAGAACAAGCCAGCCCUUGGAAUGAGCAACUCUGCACCCCUGGGCAGCAUCGAGCAAGGUCCGAUGGCGCCUGGGCCUAGGAGCAGCUCCUCUGCCCCACCUAGCAACCCCUCUGGCCCCCUGAACCCCAACCUGCCUUUUCCUUCCUCUCCAGAUCCACCCCCGUCCCAGAACCCCUUGUCACUCAUGAUGUCCCAGAUGUCCAAGUACGCCAUGCCCAGCUCCACCCCUCUCUACCACAAUGCCAUCAAGACCAUCGCCACCUCGGACGAUGAAAUGAUGCCCGACCGGCCAAUGCUUCCGCCAGGUGCCAUGUCUGGCAUGGGUGGGAACCAGCCCAACCAGAUGCACAUGAACUCCGUGGGGCCAGCUCCUGCUCAGAGCCCCAUGGGGAUGAACCUGCCGGGGCAGCAGCCACUCUCGCACGAGCCCUCAAUGUCCUCGCCAAGCCCCCUGGGCGCCAACAUUCCCAUGCACAGCGGUGCGCCCCCCCAGAACCCAAUGAUGCUGCCCCCCAAUGCCCAGGACUCCCUGAACCAGCCCUGCGGCCCUUCCGGACAGCUGAUCUUCCCCCCGCGCCUCCAGCAGCCCCCUGCGAAUGGGGGCAAUAUGCCCAUGGCUCCCGGGGGGGCCGGUGUCCAGCAACACUAUCCGCCAGGCUUGGGACUGCCCCCGGAGGAGCUGCCCCCACCCCAGCCAGGGCAAAUGCCACCGCAACAGCAGCAGCGCAUGGCUGGGAGAAUGCCGCCGGAGCCCUACCCAUCGGUGCUUCCUGGUGUGGCUUCGGUGCUCAACGACCCGGAGCUGAGCGACGUGAUCCGCCCCACGCCCACCGGCAUCCCCGAAUUCGACUUGUCGCGCAUCAUCCCGUCCGAGAAGCCCAGCAGCACGCUGCAGUACUUCCCCAAGGGCGAGGGCCCGGGGCCCAAGCCGCAGCCGCCCUCCAACCUGCACCUCAUGAACUUGCAGAACAUGAUGGCAGAGCAGGCCCCGGCCCGGCCCGGCCCUCCGGGCAUGCAGCGUGGGAUGGCCAUGUGCCACCCGGGACAGGUGCCCCCCGUGCUGGGCAGGACAGGCCUGGCGCCCCAGCAAGCCAUGAUGAGCAACAGCAUGCACCAGGGCAUGAUGUUGCCCCAGCAGCAGAACCUCCUCGCCCAGCAGAACUUCCUGCUCAUGCAGGCCAAGCAGCGCAGCAUGUCCGUCUCGGGGGAGAUGUAUGCGCAGCCGGGUCACAUGAUCUCCCCGCAAGGCUCGCUCAUGGGCCCCCCACCCCAGCAGAACCUCAUGGUCUCACACCCCAUGCGGCAGCGCAGCGUCUCCCUGGAUGGUCAGAUGAGCUACGGCCCAGGAGCGGGCGGCAUGGCCAACCUGCCCUUCUGAGGCUGGCAGCGGGGAGCCUCCUGGUGCAGCCAUGCUGAUGCCAGCCCCUGUCUCUGCCCUGGCACAGAGUUUGGUUUGGAUCUUUCCUCUGAGUGUGAAUUUCUUUCUCUCGGUUUCUCUCUCUCUUCUUCUCUUUCUCCUUUUUUUAAGUAACCAAAAUGUGCAAGAGGGUUUGGAACAGCUGUAAAUAGGUUGGGGGGAAGCAGCAGCAGCAGCAAAGUUUUGCUGGCUUGGAAUUGUUUGUAUUUCUGUGUUUUAAUAGAAGCCUCAAAACCUGUUUUUUGGAAGAAACAAAUGAAAAUACAACCCAUUGACAAA